GUCGGUCAUAGAAAGCGAAAGCCAGCGGACCACCUCCGGUCAGCUCCGACACUUCGUCAUAGUUUCUCUUAUAUCGGACCUUUUAGUUGUUGUAUUCUCGACGCACUCACAGUGCGAGGGCUGAGUGCACCGGUAUGUGUUCAUCUGCGUCCAACAAAUAAAAAUUUAUAUUUAAAUAUAAAUAGAUUAUAAUAAUAUAAUUAAACUAUUCGAAUUUAAAAAUUGUUGACUAGUUGUUAAAAAAAAAAAUCCUGAUGCAGUACAAAUAAUUUUCGAUAGUUUCAACGUAAUCUAUUUUACACAAUUGCUUUUCUAACUUUAAUGACCGGCACUUCAAUCCAGAAAAAGUACAAAUUCCACCCGACUCAGGACUUAGAUGUGACGGAUAAGAUGGCGCCACGAAGGAACAACCUGAACGAGGUGGUGGGCCUGGAGGCGGAGCCGGAGGCGGUGGCCCGCUGCUGCGUGCCUAGCGAGUGCCUCAGGGGCGGCGCCCUCAUCCCCCUCGACGAUCUUCGGGACACGGUCAGGGUCACCUGCAACAACGACUCCUGCCAGGCCAAGUACAUGCACAGGGAAUGCUUCGACUCCUGGGAACAGAGUGUCCUCACGUAUCUCAAGUCUUGCGGCAGGGCGAGAUCCUGGUCGGAGAGGCAGAGGCACCAGAACCUCUGGACGAAGAAGGGCUAUGAUCUGGCCUUCAAGGCGUGUGGAUGUCGUUGCGGUCGGGGGCACUUGAAGAAGGACUUGGAUUGGAGUCCGCCGCCUCCGGGGUUCGGUGCUAGGGAAGACGAGAUCGCCAAGAAGAAGAAGAAGAGGAACAAGAACCGAGGUCUUCAGCAGCAUAACGGUGGAGGGCAGAUCGUCAGUCCGAUAGAUCCCAGGAUCAGGACUGGAAGUUUGUCUUCGUCGACGGAGUCUUCCUCGCCUCCAGCUUCGGCUUCUUCCAUCUCGCCGAUCCACUCCGGGGUCACCCUGAAGAGGCUGAGCAAGACCAAGAUCGAGUUCUUCUCAGACAGGCACAGCGCCAUUAACGGAAACGGGAUAUUCGCCCGCAGGCAAGACUUCUCUUCCUUCAACGCUUUACCAAAGCACAAGCUCAACUCCUACCACAUUAAGAUGGAGGACGAGGGGCACCACGGCAACGACGAGACCCGGUGCUUCAUCCUGUCGACCCUGGCUGGAAUGGGGAUGUGCAGGGUGGUUUGCAUCCUCUGCAGAGCCCCGAUGGCGGUCUUCGACAGGUACCCCCUCGUGGACGGCACCUUUUUCCUCAGCCCGCGCCAGCACACCAAGACCUGCAUUGAGGUGAAGGUUGAAGGAAGAACACAGUACCUCUCCUGCGUGUGCAUGGGCUGCCUGGAAGCCUGGGCACCUGGAAGGCGACUGAGGUGCAGGUUCUGUUCUAGCGCAUGGGACGGCUCCUCUCUCGUCUUGGGGACCAUGUACUCCUACGACAUCUUCGCCGCCAUGCCCUGCUGCACCGAGAGGCUAAAGUGCAACAACUGCGCGAAGCCGUUGCUGCUGCCGCACCAGCGCUUGAACUUCUUCUCGGACUACUCGCACCGCGUGGGCUGCCCGCACUGCGGAGCGCAGGACUGGCACUUCGUCAAGCCGCUCGGCUACUGCUACAACCGGGAGUGGCCAUAGCAGGAGGACGGGCCCGCGGAGGACCGAGCUCGCGCGGUGCAGCGGCUGCUUCACGCGACCUGGGCGGCGGACCUCAACGGCCCACUCCUCUCCCUCACCAUCGCCUGAGAUCGCCCACUCGUCUUCUUUUCACUCUUGAUUGCAGAUGUAUUUUUUUAUAUUGGUUGCUCCUUCCACAUUGUAUAUUCUUUUACCCCAUCCACCUUAUACAUAAAAAAAUGUAAAAAAAAAAUAAUAUUGAUGUAUUUUAAUAUAUAUAUACAUAUACGU